AUGUCCCUACUAUGUAACCCUUCACACCACAACGCCCAUGGCUUGACCGGCCUAACCAACGACGCGGAGUCGCCCACCGUAUCUAGUAGAUUACGAACUCAGUUCUGUAGGGAGCUGCUCUUUCAAAAAUCUCCCCCGACCAUUAGGGCAUGUUGGCCACCGACUCCCCCGACCAUUAGGGUAUGUCGGCCACCGACUCCCCCGACCAUUAGGGUAUGUCGGCCACCGACUCCCCCGACCAUUAGGGUAUGUCGGCCACCGACUCCCCCGACCAUUAGGGUAUGUCGGCCACCGACUCCCCCGACCAUUAGGGCAUGUCGGCCACCGACUUCCCCGACCAUUAGGGCAUGUCGGCCACCGACUCCCCCGACCAUUAGGGUAUGUCGGCCACCGACUCCCCCGACCAUUAGGGUAUGUCGGCCACCGACUCCCCCGACCAUUAGGGCAUGUCGGCCACCGACUUCCCCGACCAUUAGGGCAUGUCGGCCACCGACUCCCCCGACCAUUAGGGUAUGUCGGCCACCGACUCCCCCGACCAUUAGGGUAUGUCGGCCACCGACUCCCCCGACCAUUAGGGUAUGUCGGCCACCGACUCCCCCGACCAUUAGGGCAUGUCGGCCACCGACUUCCCCGACCAUUAGGGCAUGUCGGCCACCGACUCCCCCGACCAUUAGGGUAUGUCGGCCACCGACUCCCCCGACCAUUAGGGUAUGUCGGCCACCGACUCCCCCGACCAUUAGGGUAUGUCGGCCACCGACUCCCCCGACCAUUAGGGCAUGUCGGCCACCGACUUCCCCGACCAUUAGGGCAUGUCGGCCACCGACUCCCCCGACCAUUAGGGUAUGUCGGCCACCGACUCCCCCGACCAUUAGGGUAUGUCGGCCACCGACUCCCUCGACCAUUAGGGCAUGUCGGCCACCGACUCCCCCGACCAUUAGGGUAUGUCGGCCACCGACUCCCUCGACCAUUAGGGCAUGUCGGCCACCGACUCCCUCGACCAUUAGGGCAUGUCGGCCACCGACUCCCUCGACCAUUAGGGGCAUGUCGGCCACCGACUUCCCCGACCAUUAG